AUGGCCCCUAAGACUAAGAAGAACGCCGAGAACUUUAACUCCAAGCUUGCCCUGGCUAUGAAGUCGGGUAAGUACACCCUAGGCCUUAAGUCCACCCUUAAGGCUCUCCGCCGUGGUCAGGCUAAGAUCGUUAUCGUCGCCGCCAACACCCCUCCCCUCCGCAAGUCUGAGAUUGAGUACUACUGCAUGCUUUCCAAGACUCACUUGCACCAUUUCCAGGGCACCAACAACGAGCUCGGUACCGCUUGCGGUAAGCUCUUCCGCGUUGGUGUUGUUACCAUCCAGGAGGUUGGUGACUCUGACAUCCUGUCCACCAUUGAGUAA